UAUUUUAUCAUUAAAAAUAAAACCAGCAAAUCUAUUUUCAGCUUGAAAUGAAAAAAAAGUAGAUAAAGGGGAUUGGGGUUUAGGUGAUUAAAGGCAAGCAUGUGAGUCAGACAUGGCCUGCUGGCCCCGGCCUGUCUGUUGGACCUGUCGCCUGACACUCAAGUUGCUAUCAGGAGCACUUUUCUCUGUCAAAGAGACUGGCUUUUGUCACGCAAUCCCCAGGUUAUAACGGGAGGGAAGGAUAGGCCCCAGAGCAGUCUGCAGAGCCAGCCCCGCUUGAGUCGGCCACUGGGGCUCGCCAUGCCCGGCGUCCGCAUGGGGAACACCAUCAGGACCCUCAUGGCCUUCAUCCCUGCUGAGCGCUGCCAGAACUACGUGGUUGGAGACCUCCGAGAGAUGCCGCUGGACAGGAUGGUGGACCUCAGCGGGAGCCAGCUGCGCCGCUGCCCCGUGCACGUGUGCUCCUUCAGGGAGCUGGUCAAGCUCUACCUGAGUGACAACCACCUCAACAGCCUGCCCCCGGAGCUGGGACAGCUGCAGAACCUGCAGAUCCUGGCCUUGGACUUCAACAACUUCAAGGCUCUGCCCCAGGUGGUGUGCACCUUGAAACGGCUCUGCAUCCUCUAUCUGGGCAACAACAAACUGUGCGAUCUCCCCAGUGAGCUCAGCCUGCUCCAGAACCUCCGAACCCUGUGGAUCGAGGCCAACUACCUCACCCAGCUGCCGGACGUGGUCUGUGAGCUGAGUCUCCUUAAGACUCUGCAUGCCGGCUCCAAUGCCCUGCGUCUGCUGCCCGGCCAGCUCCGGCACCUCCAGGAGCUGAGGACCAUCUGGCUCUCAGGCAACCUGCUGACCAACUUCCCCCCAGUGCUGCUCCACAUGCCCUUCCUAGAGGUAAUCGACGUGGACCGGAACAGCAUUCGGUACUUCCCCAGCCUGGCCCACCUGUCAAGCCUGAAGCUGGUCAUCUAUGACCACAAUCCUUGCAGGAACGCACCCAAGGUGGCCAAAGGUGUGCGCCGUGUGGGAAGAUGGGCAGAGGAGACACCAGAGCCUGACCCCAGAAAAGCCCGGCGUUACGCGCUGGUCCGAGAGGAAAGCCAGGAGGCACAGGCUCCUGCCUCAUCCCCCCAGCCCCUCCUAGCAGUUCCUAAGGAGCUUCACUCGUAGGCCAAUGACAAGUAUGUUCCAGAGACCACUCCGAUAGAGUGGAAAGCAUUGCUCUGGGUCCUCUGGGGUGGCUCUGCCAGUAGGGGCUGAUGGAGAGCUAGGUAAAAUGCCAUAGCCACAUCACAUGGAGGAGAAAACAUUUCUGGCCAACAGCAUCUCUCCAGGAGGAAGUUGUCAUGCUGUUGGUGGUGUAGCAACCCAGAGUGAUCUUAACUUUUUUGCAAGAAAAUGGCUUCUCCAAGCAGUUUUUAAAAUAGUAAAGAGCAAAGGCCAGGAUACUUUGGCUCAGAGUGGCUGGUCAUGAGGCUCAUGAGCUCUUCAAAUAAGGUAUUUGUCAUACAACUAAGUGUUCAGGUAGCCUGCCCCUUUGCAGGAUAUAUAUUCUUUACUAUGAAUGACCAUAAAGAGUAUCAGCGUAUUGUUACUGAGUCAGGCCACUGAAAAGGACAUUUCUACCUAGUCCGUCAGUUAGAUUCACAGAAAGAAGCUUUUUGUUGCAAGGGCUGGAGAUGAAACAUGGCCCCCAGCAGCUUAGCGCCUGCUGAAAAGCCCCCUGACGGAGAAUGCCUCUUGUGGAGUCUGGCUGCCACUUUAAACUUGACAGUGGUUCGUGUUGAUUUAGUUCGUUUCCCCUAAAAGGUUUGACCCAAGGUCUGCUCCCAGCAGUUUACUGUCACUGACAAUAUUGGAAGUCAUCUGGAAAGCAGAGCUGCUCUUCAGCAAUGCGGUCUCAUGUAAGUCAAGCCUUGUUAUGAUUCCUGGCUGCUUCCCUGCGGAAAAGCCCUUGUUUAUUCACACUGAUGAACCAGAACUGAGCUCAACUGAAUCCCUGUCCUUGGAGGGAAACCAUAUUUCCAGAAUCCUAUUAGGUUAAAGGUAGUGAGAAAUCUGUUCACUUGAAACAAGCACUGUGAAACUUGAAUUGCACGGUUGUUUGUAGUGUAUAUGCAAAGUCUCUGACUCUUUAGUCCAAGUAUCUCUGCCUUUGUUCUGAUUUGUUUUUAUUUUUAUAGAGUCUUUUGACAGUGUAUAAACUUCAGUAUUUUGGGUAUUGUUUUUGGAAGUAUGUAAAUUGUAAACUUCCCAUGAAUAUAUAAACUUUAAAGAAAUUGCUGUUAGGUGGAUGAUUUAAUAACAUAAUCCUUCAUGUGCUUGAACUUUUUCAGCAAAGAAGGAAACAAAAACUAUCAUCUUAAAUAAGACAUACUAUACUGAGCUUUUAAAAAGUACUUUUCCCAUAAAAGCAUCUUAACCCAGCAAAGUUUGCUUCUAAAAUGACAUUAUACGAUAACAUUAUUUUCAUGUAUGUCUUCCUAUCAGAAAUACUUCUUGCUAAACCAGAGGAAGAGAAAGUUCCAUGAUACUGUGUAAUCCCUUCCUACUGUCACCUCCCAUCUAUAACACAGUGAUCAGACUGCCAAAAGGCCCCUUCAAUCAUUUAACAUAAUAGGUUAUACCUAUAGGUCACACGUUUAACUCCUUUAGUAACAAGUUCAGAUGUCUAUUAGACAGCUAGGAUUUAUAGUCUAUUUUCUCAUUCCUAAUGAUUGAAACCCAACUAUACUCAGCUGAUGCUAGAAACUUUUGUCAACAGAACUUGCCUUCUAAGCUUUAUCUACAGUAAAGCUUAUGGAUUGCUGACUUUCUUUUGACCCUGUCUUCUCCCUCCCAAGAUUAAUGGACCCACCUUUUCUAAUGUAGCUGAACUAUAGCCAUAAAACAGAGUGAAGCCAACUCAUCAUAUAGAGCUCUCAUCUAAUGAGCUGACUAGUGUGAAUUAAAUGUCAAAUUAUAAA